AUGGAAGCCAGUGCCCAGACUCCGAUCAGACUGGUAAAUGGAGAUCAUGAGUGCACAGGCAGAGUGGAGAUCUACCAUGUUGGCCAGUGGGGAACGGUGUGUGAUAACUCCUGGAACCUGAACGACGCUGAGGUGGUGUGUAGACAGGCUGGCUGUGGCAGAGCUCUGGAUGCUCUCAGCAGUGCCCACUUUGGGCAGGGCAGUGGGCCCAUCUGGUUGGUAACUCUCCAGACCCAGAUCAGACUGGUAAAUGGAGAUAAUGAGUGCUCUGGCAGAGUGGAGAUCUACCAUGUUGGCAAGUGGGGAACGGUGUGUGAUAAAUCCUGGAACCUGAACGACGCUGAGGUGGUUUGUAGACAGGCUGGCUGUGGCAGAGCUCUGGCUGCUGUCAGCAGUGCCCAUUUUGGACAGGGCAGUGGGCUCAUCUGGUUGAAUGAUGUGAGCUGUUCUGGAAACGAAUCCUCCCUGACACAGUGCCAGCACCCUGGAUUUGGGUCUAACUUCUGUUCUCACUAUGCAGAUGUUGGUGUGAUUUGCUCAGUUAAAAAUGUGUUUCAUAUAGCGAUCAGAUUGGUGAAUGGAAGUGAUCGAUGCUCUGGCAGAGUGGAGAUCUACCAUUUUGGCCAGUGGGGAACGGUGUGUGAUAACUCCUGGAACAUGAACGACGCUGAGGUGGUGUGUAGACAGGCUGGCUGUGGCAGAGCUCUGGAUACUCUCAGCAGUGCCCACUUUGGACAGGGCAGUGGGCUCAUCUGGUUGGGUGAUGUGAGCUGUUCUGGAAACGAAUCCUCCCUGUCACAGUGCCAGCACCCUGGAUUUGGGUCUUAUAACUGUAGUCACCAUGAAGAUGCUGGUGUGAAUUGCUCAGCCAGCGCCCAGACCCCGAUCAGACUGGUAGAUGGAGAUAAUGAGUGCUCUGGUAGAGUGGAGAUCUACCAUGUUGGCCGGUGGGGAACGGUGUGUGAUUACUUCUGGAACCUGAACGACGCUGAGGUGGUGUGUAGACAGGCUGGCUGUGGCAGAGCUCUGGCUGCUAUCAGCAUUGGCCACUAUAGACAGGGCAGUGGGCCCAUCUGGUUGGAUAAUGUGAGCUGUUCUGGAAGCGAAUCCUCCCUGACUCAGUGCCAGCGCGCUGGGUUUCAGUCUAACCUCUGUUCUCACGAAAGAGAUGUUGGUGUGAUUUGCUCAGCGAUCAGAUUGGUGAAUGGAAGUGAUCAAUGCUCUGGCAGAGUGGAGAUCUACCAUGUUGGCCAGUGGGGAACGGUGUGUGAUAACUCCUGGAAUAUGAACGACGCUGAGGUGGUGUGUAGACAGGCUGGCUGUGGCAGAGCUCUGGAUGCUCUCAGCAGUGCCCACUUUGGACAGGGCAGUGGGCCCAUCUGGUUGGGUGAUGUGAGCUGUUCUGGAAACGAAUCCUCCCUGACACAGUGCCAGCACCCUGGAUUUGGGUCUUACAACUGUAGUCACCAUGAAGAUGCUGGUGUGAAUUGCUCAGCCAGUGCCCAGACCCCGAUCAGACUGGUAGAUGGAGAUAAUGAGUGCUCUGGUAGAGUGGAGAUCUACCAUGUUGGCCGGUGGGGAACGGUGUGUGAUUACUUCUGGAACCUGAACGACGCUGAGGUGGUGUGUAGACAGGCUGGCUGUGGCAGAGCUCUGGCUGCUGUCAGCAGUGACCACUUUGGAGUGGGCAGUGGGCCCAUCUGGUUGGAUAAUGUGACCUGUUCUGGAAACGAAUCUUCCCUGAACAGGCUGGCUGUGGCAGAGCUCUGGCUGCUCUCAGCAGUGCCCACUUUGGACAGGGCAGCGGCCCCAUCUGGUUGGGUGAUGUGA